AGUUAUCUAUUCUCGUUCCCUGUGUCUUUCUCUCUCUCUCUCUCUCUCUCGCUCUAUCUCUGUUCUCUCAAUUCUCUGGGCUUGGGUUUUGGAUUUGUUGUGAUCAGAUGGGAAGACAACCUUGCUGUGACAAAGUAGGGUUGAAGAAGGGGCCAUGGACAACUGAGGAAGACAAGAAGCUCAUCAACUUCAUCCUCAGCAAUGGCCAAUGCUGCUGGAGAGCUGUUCCUAAACUUGCAGGUUUAUUAAGAUGUGGAAAGAGUUGCAGGCUUAGAUGGACCAAUUACCUUAGACCUGAUUUGAAAAGGGGUUUGUUAUCAGAAUCUGAAGAAAAAAUAGUUAUUGAUCUCCAUGCUACUCUUGGCAACAGAUGGUCCAAGAUAGCUUCUCAUCUCCCUGGUAGAACUGAUAAUGAGAUAAAGAAUCACUGGAACACCCACAUCAAGAAGAAACUAAAGAAGAUGGGAAUUGAUCCUGUCACUCACAAGCCAAUCUCCACUUCAAUUGAUCAAGAAGUACUACCCCCACCACUACCCCCACCAUCACCACUACCAUCACCAACACCACAACAGCUGGAACAAGAAUUUGCUGUUUCUGCCAUUUCUGAAGCAGACCAGAACAGGGGAAAUGAGAUAUCUUUACAGCCAGCCAUUACUGAGAUAAAAGAAGGAAAUAACAUUAUGAGCAUUACAAGCCCAUUUUCUACAGACAACAAUUAUAGUUUCUGCACAGAUGAAGUUCCUUUGAUAGAACCUCAUGAGAUUCUAGUCCCUAAUUGUGGGCCUUCUUCAUCAACUUCUUCUACUUCAUCCUCUUCUGUUUCAUCUGGGAUCUCAUCUGGAUUCAUUGAAGACAUGCAAUUCUCAAGCUUGGAGUGGCCUGAAUACACCAACAUGACAAUCUGGGAUGAAUUUAACUAUUGGGAUUUGAUUUGUAGUGAAGAUGAUGACAGGAAACUAGCCAAUGAUUCUGCCCUCAAUCAGUUCCAAAGAGUAGUUUUUGAUCAAGAACCUUGGAAAUUAGACCCCUUGUGAUUAUAUUUCAGUAGGGAUUCUGUCCAUUCUGUGGUUGUAGAGAAUUCUUGUGGUCAAAAAGAGAGAACCCAUCCAAUAUUUUCUCAAUUUC